CUAAGGAAACCUCUUAAGCCACCCCCGGUCGACGCCCGCAUCAACUGCGGCGGCCGCGGCCGCGAACGCGACGCCCGAGACGAGCAGGCCCGAAACGAGCUGGCCGAGCAUGGCGUAGUCGAGGUACGACAGCGGCGGGCCGCAGCGCAGCGGCACCGCGAGGCACUCGUCGCUCACGCGCACCGUGGCCACCGCGCGCGUAAUUGUAAAAGCGCCGACGACGCCCUGGCGCAGCUGUGGAUUGUUGUCGCGCCGCACCGCGUAGCGGAACCUGUGUGGAAAUCAACCGUGAGCUAGGUUAUUCGAUGGCGUGGGGCGCCUGAAAUUUGAUAUCCACACAGACCGGAACACGAGUCCGAAGAGCGCGCCCGCGAUCGAGAUCUGGUCGACGUCGAACUCGAACUGGGCGAUGUUGUUCGUAUGCGUGAGGAACUCCGCCGGCGAAGCCGCGACCGACGCGGCGAGACCACCAACAACCGCGGCUUUGGCGGACUCGAUGCGCUCCGCGAACUCGUCGACGUCGACGCUCCACUUUGUGUUGUCGUCGUCGUCGGGCGUCGCGUGGCGCCGCCGUGCCUUGUAGCAGCGUCGCGGCGCAGUCUGCAGGCUGCUCGCCGCGCAAGCGAACGCGAGAGCGAACUUGCGCAUUUCUACUCGUUGAUUUGUGCAGUGUGCGAGGAUACUCUGCUGAGCUUAUUUUGCAGCGCCGCUCGCUUGUGCUGUGCAGCAACACUGUGGCAGUGGCAGCCUAUUGAUGGGUGCACUGCUGCACGGCACGGCACUCACGCAGCGUUCAGAUUGCAAGCAGCUGAAGCCAAUGCGUCAAAUAUCACGCGGAAACCAAUUCUGGAGGCAGUGUCAGUCGUUUUUUGUCACUUG